AUGUCGACCGAUUCGGGCCAUGGUGGCCAGAUAAUCGAGUACAUUCAAGACCGCCUGUACCUCGCAUCCUACGAUUCACCACCAAAUUCGAGGACGCCAUUCCCUUAUCAGGCAGAGCAGCCGAAAUCCCCCAGUAAACGCUCUGCCCGGCCGCAGCCCACCACGCCGAGUAACAAGCGCCGCGCCCCCGUGUAUUUCACUGUUGACGACACUCUCCUCUACAAUGCCUUCCACGCGGACUUUGGUCCUCUCCACAUCGGUCACCUGUAUCGAUUUGCGGUACUCUUCCAUGAGAUUCUUGGAGACCCGGCAAACAGCGACCGGCCCGUGGUCUUCUACAGCAAGACCGAUGCACGCAGCCGUUCAAAUGCCGCCUGCCUCGUGGCCUGCUACAUGGUUCUUAUCCAAUCUUGGCCGCCCCACCUGGCUCUGGCACCCAUCGCUCAGGCAGAUCCCCCUUACAUGCCCUUCCGCGAUGCUGGAUACAGCCAGGCGGACUUUAUCCUGAACAUCCAAGAUGUCGUAUAUGGCGUGUGGCGGGCCAAGGAACAGUCCCUCUGCGGACUUCGCGACUUCAACUUGGAAGAGUACGAAAAAUUUGAGAGAGUCGACAUGGGCGACUUCAACUGGGUCUCUCCCCAAUUUCUUGCUUUCGCGUCCCCCCAACACCAGCCCGUUGCCCCCAUCCCCAUGAAUACCCCAGAGUACGAUGCCUUGCCCUCAACAGUGUCCGAGGUUGCUUCUUCCAAGCUUCCGCUGCCAUUCAAGAAUGUGCUGGCACACUUUUCCCAACGAAAUAUCGGUCUCGUGGUGCGAUUGAACUCGGAGCUCUACUCCCCGUCCUAUUUCACGGCUAUGGGUAUCGCGCAUAUCGACAUGAUUUUCGAGGACGGCACUUGCCCCCCGCUCACACUGGUUCGCCGAUUCAUCAAGAUGGCCCACGAGAUGAUCACCAUCAAGAACAAAGGCAUUGCCGUGCAUUGCAAGGCAGGCUUAGGCCGCACUGGAUGCUUGAUCGGCGCGUAUCUCAUCUACCGCCAUGGUUUCACUGCAAAUGAAGUCAUUGCCUUCAUGAGAUUCAUGCGUCCGGGUAUGGUCGUUGGCCCCCAGCAGCACUGGCUACACCUCAACCAGGGAGCUUUCCGCGAGUGGUGGUUUGAAGACAGCAUGCGGGAGAAGCUUGCCCUAUCUACUCCAGUUACACCGGCGCGCAUUUCUCCCAAGAAACGUGCCAGCAACGGCCCGGUGUCUACCCCUCCGAACAACAGCCAUGCUAAGCGAGCCGCCCUGGGAGAGAUUGAUCACAAUGAAGGGGCCGCAACUCACAGCGAGGACAAUCUUCCAGCACCAACUCCCGGCCAGCCGCGCAAGGCUCAUCGCAAGGACUCGCGGCAUCACCCGUAUUCUCGGACCACGUCCGGCUGCCUUGCCGUGGAGACUGAGGUGAGCAAGCCUGGGGAACCACGCAGCCACCGGAGCCAGCGUAUGAGCAAUGAGAGCAGCGAGAGUGAGGAAGAGGCUCAGCUUCGCAUGCUUGCCAAACGAUCAUCACGGUCCCCCGUCGCAUCCCCGACCUCACGAUCGAUCAGCUACUCCGCUACUGUCACAGCCAGUUACACAUUAACUGAUGACAUCCACGAAGAUCGAGAGAAUUGGGUUGAUAAUACCUCACCCAAGACCCCGGCCAGCCGGAAGAGUGGUGGAGGACCGAUCUCGGUCAGCAAAGUGCGCUCCAGCCCUCGCCGGGCAACCGACGGUAAGAGCGAAUCCCGUGGAGUUCGCAAAGCAAGUGGCCGCAUCGGUAGCACAUCCAGUCCUGCCCGCCCGGUUCGACCAGUUCAGUAG